UGGGAAGACAAGGAGGGACCGUUGAAUGCGUGUCAUCAUCUUGUAGUUUCGGCUCUUUCUCGUGUGGAAAUGCGACACUCUCAAAUGGAGAUAUCGUAAGAAUGGUGCCCAAAUUGAUGAAAACUGAUUUCGCCAAGUGGAUGAAAACAGUUCCUGGAUUGGAAAAAGUUGAUGAAAAGUAUAUCUGCGAAAUACCUGCGUGUUCGUCCUACCCCUGCCUCAAUGGAGCGAUCUGUACGGAGACACUCACCGGAUAUGAAUGUAACUGCACAUCAGAAUUCUACGGCCCAACCUGCGCUUGUCCAAUAAUUUACACUCCUGAUGGCGGGGAAACAAAAAAUUUCGCCUUCCCCGACUUGAUUAUCACCCAAGGUAUGACGUCAUUUGAAUUUGAAAUCAGAUCAUCAGGCGGCGAGGUGUUCAUUCGUAUGUUCAGGAGUAUUGGCGAGGCAUAUACUUUUGAAAUAGAGAUUGCUAGACAAAAGAUUCCUAGUGGCAGUGAAAAGAAAAUUAGGAUUAGCUAUGUGGUUUGCAUUGCUAAUUUUACUGAGGUCAUUCAAGAGCCUUCUAGACAUGCUAGAAGUGGACUAUUCUAG